GUAAAAAUCUGCAGAGGAAAAUCAAGAAAACUUUGGAAAAGGCAUUCGUCAAGUUGCUAGAGUUAUCCGAGAUGUCCACGUCGUUUGGAAAAGCCGUUGGAAACGAAGGCUGUGUAGAAGACGAGUCGACCGACGCAAAGCCCAUGAAACAGCAACCUACCAAGAAACAUGAUGAAGAGAAGGGUUCUACCAAAACGAAAGAUGAUUCACGCAACCGGUGUGAGGAUCUUACAAGGAAGAUACCAAGAACACAUAAGCCACCAAUAAACUACUGUUUUAAAUGGAUUUCAGUUAUCGCGUGCUUCAUCUGUAUCGCUGCUUUCCUUUUGAGUGUGCUGAUACUGUUCGGGAAAAUCGGCUACGGAUGUGGAUGCUCCGAAAACGAAGAUCGCCAAGUUCCCCGUUCAAGCUGCAAGGAGUUAUACGACAAAGACGAAUCUGACGGUAACAAAGCUUAUCCUCUAAAGUUGGGGUCAGUUACCCUUCCGAUCUACUGUCAUAUGACAGAUCUUGAAGAAUGUGGAGGUGGGGGUUGGACACUGGUUAUGAAGAUGGAUGGUUCCAAGGACGCCUUCCAUUACGAUUCCGCGAUUUGGAGCAACAUGGAUGAACACAACGCUUCUGCGGGGAUGAGUGGCUUUGACGAACAAGAGACAAAGUUACCAACUUAUUGGAAAACAAAAUUCUCCAAAAUCUGUCUCGGUAUGAAGAACGGCCAAAAAAUUAACUUCGUCCUCAUUACAAAGACGUCAGACUCGCUGUAUUCCUUGAUCGCCGAUGGGCAAUACCGCCCAACCUUGCUGGGUCGUAACAAUUGGAAGUCACUGCUUGACUCUAGCGCCUCACUACAACGCAAAUGCAACAAGGAAGGGUUCAACACUUUUUGCACGGGUUUUAGAUAUGACAAAAAACCGCCUAAGGCUCGAAUCGGUAUCGUGGGUAACGAUGGGUUUGAUCCAUAUUGUGAUCGUUGUUAUUCCAGGAUUGGUUUUGGAACCGCAGGUUAUCCUGAUGACACCAACACUUGUGGAAACGUGGCAAGCUGGAGACCAGAUAAUGGCAACAAUAACAUUAAAGUUAUGGGAUACAUUCUUGUUCAGUGAUAUAAGAAUUACUUGCAGAAGUACUAAGACUCAUAUGAAACACUUUUUGUAAUGUAGUAGAACUGUAGUGGAAUAUAAUUGCAAGAGGCCACCGUCGCUCCCAUGGAAAAUGAUUGGAGACUAGAAUUUCAGAGACAAUGUAGAAAUGGAAAGUCGCGUUUCUUUCUUGAAAGUAUGUUUGGUGCAGAUCAGAUUGCUUGCUCUAAAUAAAUAAUUGGAGGCGUUAACACCAA